AUGUAUCCUUUGACUCAAGCAGUGGAGAUGUGUACUUUAUCCACCACUGACAUUGGAGAGCAGAGAGACAGUCCAGAGGAGCAAGACCAGCUGUUCAGCAUGCAGCAGCAUCAUCAACCAGUGAAACCACCGUUCCUAACCCGAACAACUGCUCCCCUGACCACGAGCCGCACCCCCACCAGACCGCCCCGAAAAACAGAUGAUUAUCUGGGACCAGCUGAAUGUCUGGAGAAAGAGUUCACUCGUGCGUCAUGUGACCUGGUCUUCUGUCCUCCAUGGGAGCGUUGUUUUAACGGACACUGUGUCUGUAAACUGCCCUAUCAGUGUCCCAGAGAUGGCAUGGCCCCAGUCUGUGCACGCGACAGGAGGAACUACCUCUCUUAUUGCCAGGUGACCAGGAGCAAGGCACUUACACUGCCAGGGGUGGGGGUUCAAUUCCCAAAGGUCAUGACCAUAGCCUCUGCUUCCUCAGUGGAAGACGUGACGACGGGAUUGAGGAGACCCUCGAAGUAUUCCUUCCACCGCCCAACAAUAUCCCCAGUCAAGGUCAACAGUUCACCACCUGCACUGCACAGGAGUUCCACAGGCCAACAUGGACCGGUAGAACUCCUUCAGCUUGACGGCAUCCCUUACUUCCGGUGUCCACCACUGGGUUCUGGGAUUGCCGCCACAACAAGCACCAGAGACCUUACGGCCACAGCUCCGAACAGCUGCGCCGACAAUGGACAUGGUCCAUUCGGACUCAAUGUCCCCAGCCUCCCUCGGGAGUUGGGAGAAGCUCUCCCGGAGGAGGGAGUUGAAGACCUCCCUAACAGAGGGUUCAGCCAGAUGUUACCAACAGACCCUCACCAUACAUUUGGGCCUGCCAGGUCUGCCAAGCUUCCCCCUCCGCCAGCGGAUCCAACUCACCACCAGAACAAUGGAGUCCCCAGUCGGAGCACUAUCCAGUACCCCUCCCAGGGACUCCAAGAAGGCCGGAUACUCUACACUGCUAUUCGGCCCGUAGGCACAAACAACAGUGAGAGCCCUCUCCCCUAUCCAAAGGCACAGAGAGGCGACCCUCUCAUUCACCGGGGUGAACCCCAACACAUGACGGCUAAGCUGGUGGGUUAUGAGCAAGUCCACACCUGCCUGCCGCCUCUCACCGAGGGCAACUCCAGAGUAGUGGAGGGUCCAGCCCCUCUCGAGGAGCUGGGUUCCAGGACCCAGGCUCCAGCUCUUGUGUCCGGGGAUGGGGUCGCCGAGGCCCCCGCCUUUGACUGCUGCCCAAACCCACAAAGCACCAACCCCUUACGGCUACCCUUGUGGGUGGUGAGCCCGCAGAGGGUGAUGGUUCUCUCCUGCCGCAAGGGAGUAUCCAUCAUGUCCCACUUCGGGGAAAACUGUGGAGAUAUUAAUUCAAUGUUCAGCAGCUCCAUAGACCCAGGGAGCGGCGUGGUGAAGCUCUUCCUCCCCUCUAACGGGAGCAGCAUGGCAGCAGGAGCUGGGAAGGAGGUGCUGGUGUGUGGGACGCUGUGGGACAUGGCUGCUGCUAACGCCGCCUGCAAGGACGCCAAGCACAAACUUGGAGCAGCGUCAGCCGGGGUCGUCCCCUAUCACUCCCUGACAGCCGACCCUAGCAACGAGCCGUUGCCAGGGAGUUGUGUGAGUGUUCGUUGUCAAGGUUACGAGCGCUCCCUAGCUGAGUGUGUCAUCUACGACCCGACCGAGAUCGAAAGCACAGCGACCGUCGCCACGGCAACGUGCUACAUGGAAACCCAAGGUCAGGAUCAGUGCCUCUAGGAGGACAACUGUGAAUUCAAGUGUGUGAACAAGAAGUGUGUGUCUCUGGAGCAGACAUGUGACGGAGUGGAUGACUGUGGAGACCGCAGUGACGAGAUGUGCUGCAAAAAGUGCAGAAACGAUGCAUUCCACUGCAGGACGGGUGUGUGUGUGCACAAAGAGGCGGUUCGCGAUGGAAUCGUCGACUGUCUGGACGGCAAAGAUGAAUCACCGGUUCAUACUGCUGACAGGACACGGUUCGAGGCCAGAACACUCAAAAACACAGAGACAAGGGCCAACAGACAGCUUUUAGAGUCACAGCUGUACUGUGGGAUUCCCAAUUCGACCACAGUGGAUGACGAGGAGCGAGUGCCGGGCGGCCGAGUCAAGAGGGUGGUGGGAGGAGUCCCAACUAAACCGACUCAGAUCCAGUGGCAGGCUGCUAUCAUGAAGUAUGGCGAGCUCGUCUGUGGAGGGGCGUACAUUGGAGGCUGUUGGGUGCUCACGGCUGCUCAAUGUGUCAGGCCCAAACCAUCUGCCUUUAGUGUGACGUUGUCUCUGUGGAAAAGAAGGAGACCUCAAGACACGACAGACGUCCAUCCCGUUCACGAAAUCUACAUCCACCCCAAGUACAAUGCAGCUACCUAUGAGAAUGACAUCGCUCUGGUGGAGCUGGAGAAACUUCCAUUCAGACAAGAGUGUCGUAGAAACCCGGCCGUCAGUGCCGUCUGCGUCCCCUGGAGCCCACAGCUCUUCCAGCCGAACCACACCUGCAGCAUCUCCGGGUGGGGGCGCACCACUGCCGGUGGUUCAUCAGGCGGGGUGUUACUGUGGGCCAACGUCUCCCUGAUUUCCAACUGCCAGAGGUUCUACAAGGAUCGCUUCAAACCAGGCAUGAUGUGCGCAGGGGAUCUGAAAGGCAACGUGUACUCGAGUCAGGGCGACAGCGGUGCUCCUCUGGUGUGUGAGGACGACCAGGGUCUUUCCUACCUGUGGGGCAUUGGGAGCUGGGGGGAGAGGAGCAGCUUCCCUGGGGUCUACACACAGGUCGCUCAUUACUUUGAGUGGAUCAGAAGCCACACGGGUUGGCCAGUUGUCACCAAGUAUAACUCCUGAUGUCUCACACACACACACACACACACACACACACACACACA